GUGCAGACAACGGAUCCCAAGCCUAUAUAAAAGAAGUUUCGUCAACGAUCAACGUCGAUCAGUUUUGGCUAGCACCAACCACCGCAAGGUACGAUCAACUUCUCCCUCUCCCAAGAAGUACCGAUAAUACACACGCACUCGUGUCGCCACUCAAUUAGGCAAUAGUAAUGAGCCACUAGAAGAGCCCCAGUACCAUACAAACCGAGCAAGUGUCUUUCAAAUAGAUUCCAGCUACCGUUGUGAUAACACACAAUGUACCUUCGAGCGGUCGGUGUCAGUUUCUUUCUGUCGCUAGUGUUGUGUGAAUCAUUCGGACUUCGUGAUGAAAAGCAAUCCCCAAAGGAAGCAAUGGGUGCAAGAGAUGAGCAUGGUCCAGAAACGGUUCACCCACCGCCCGACAAUUCGCCGAACGAAGAAUUGAUGCGGUACAAGCGUCUUAUUUCCGCAUCGGACUACGAACAAACCGCCCAAUUUUGGACGGUUGGCGCCCAGCUGAAGUUGAAGGAGCAGUUGUUGAAGCGAACGAAUCGGAAUGUGGCUAAAAAUGUAAUAUUUUUCCUGGGCGAUGGGAUGUCCAUCCCGACGCUGACCGCAAGCCGUAUCUACCUGGGUCAGAUGCAGGGACACUCGGGUGAAGAAACGCAGCUAUCGUUUGAAGAGUUUCCUGAUGUUGGUCUGGUCAAGACGUACUGCGUGGACAAGCAGGUGGCAGAUUCGGCCUGUUCGGCAACCGCGUACCUGUGCGGGGUUAAGGCCAACUAUGCCACGCUUGGUGUCACCGCCGCGGUCAGCUACAACGACUGCGCCGGAAGCAGUGAUCCGAAGAAUCACGUCCAAUCGAUUAUGAGCUGGGCUCAGACCGCAGGCAAGGCCACCGGCAUUGUGACAACCACCCGAGUGACGCACGCAAGUCCGGCCGGCACGUACGCACACGUUGCGAACCGUGAGUGGGAGUGCGAUGCGGAUAUCGCCUCCAGGAAUGGAGAUCCUAGCCGGUGUCAGGAUAUUGCUUCGCAGCUGGUGAGAAACAGUCCGGGGAAGAAUUUGAAAGUGAUUUUAGGUGGCGGCAGACGCAAGUUCACUCCAACCCAGGAAAAGGAUCCCUCUGGUAAAUAUGGCCAAAGACAGGACGGUGUUAAUCUUAUAUCGGAGUGGUAUCACAGUAAACCAAUUGGUUCGGCGAGUUAUGUAACCAACAAACAAGAGCUGAUGGGAGUAAAUUUCAAUCAAACUGAAUAUCUUAUGGGGCUUUUCCAAUCGGAUCAUCUAAAAUAUCACAUGGACAGUGAUAAUCAGGAGGAUCCAUCGCUAAGCGAGCUGACCUUUGCUGCUAUUAAGACGCUUGAAAAACAUCCAACUGGUUAUGUGCUGUUCGUUGAGGGGGGUAAAAUCGAUUUGGCUCACCAUGAAACCAAGGCACGAAAAUCUCUGGAUGAAACUGUGCAGCUUUCCGAAGCGGUGCUACUGGCCACUCAAUACACCAGUCCCGAUGAUACACUGAUCGUCGUCACGGCUGAUCACGCUCACACAAUGUCGCUGGCAGGUUACUCCAAAAGAGGACAUGAUGUGCUCGGAGUAAGUAACUCAAUGGGAAGCGAGGAGAGAAGUGCAUAUACGACGCUUUCGUAUGCCAAUGGACCGGGAGGGCCGUUUCCGGACGUGAAAGGAAAGUUGCCUGCGAUCACACAGAAAAUGAUCGAAAAUAAAGAAUUUCAAUAUCCGAAACUUGUUCCUUUAAAGUACGAAACCCACGGUGGGGACGAUGUCGCUCUGUUCGCAUACGGACCGUGGUCACAUCUGUUCAGCGGGAUGUACGAGCAGAACGUCAUACCACACUUGAUUGGGUAUGCGGCGUGUAUAGGGAAUGGAUUGAAGGCGUGCAAUAGUUAAUUUGUGUUUUUUUUUAACUUGUGUGAUAUUGUGCCUGUUUACUAGUUUUAAUGUGUUGCAAUAAAAUAUUGAUGAAUAUCCGAUAAUGAUUACAGAAAAUGACAA